AUGGCUGACAGCGAGAUUGCAACACGAGCGCCUGAGAGUGAUGCGCAGGAGAAGUCUGUCGAGAAGUCUGCUGAUCAGUCUUCUGAGCGGCCGGAAGGCGCAGAGCAGAGCGUGUUUCCUGGCGACACACCUGCGCAGACAGGGCCAACUAUGGGCGAACACUGCACUACAGACCGACCAACUCCUGCCGGCGAAGUGCCCACAGGCGAGCUUACGACACUUGGCGGCGUCGAAUGCUACAUCACGAAACCCUCCGAUUACCCGCACGCUCCAUCGAAGCUCCUCCUUCUCCUCACAGGCGGCACUGGCGUCAAGUCUACCAACAAUCAGCUACAAGCCGACAAGUAUGCUUCUGAGGGGUACCUGGUGGUCAUGCCCGAUCAGUUUGGCGGCGAACCAGCCACAAGCACUGUUAGCAUGGAAGAAGUCACAGAGAAGACGUCGUGGCUGGAUACCAUCAAGCUGAGAGCAGCUGAGGGCAUCAAGGCCUUCACAAUUGACAUGUGGCUUGCACGACACACACCGGAAAAGGUCUUACCGAUCCUGCACAAGGUCGUCGAGGGCGCAAAGGAGGAGUUUGCAGACGCUGUUGCGAAUGGCGGUGGUGUGUACGGCGUGGGGUACUGCUUUGGCGCCAAGUACAUCCUCAUGCUGGCUGGUGAGCUCCCCGAAACGGUUGGAUGGGGUCAAGCAGCUUCAGGAGACGAAGAACAGGGGACUGUCAAGAAGGCACCAGUAUUGAAGGCAGGAGCAGUCGCGCACGGCACAAUGGUCUCCAAAGAGGACCUUGACGCUGUACGGUCACCGGUCUACAUUGCAGCUGUCAAGGACGACCCGUUGUUCUCAGAAGACGAGGUCCUGACGCCCGGCCGAAGAGCACUGGAGACCAACCAUGUGGAGCACGAGGUCCAGAUCUUCGACGGAGUGCCACAUGGCUUUGCAGUCUACGGAGAUUACGAGGAUCCCAAGAUCAAGCACGAGCAAUCGCAGGCCUUUGGACAAAUGCUUUCAUGGAUCCAGGGCCACUGA